GCCUUCGGCAAGCAAAUAUCUUGGCGACCAUUGCAUUCAAGUGUAGACUACAGCAUGUUUCUACUAAGUAAUUCACUGGUAUCUCUCGUCGGCGUUGUGAAUAGUAAAACGGCUUUGCAGCUGCUAGUCUGCGGCAGGUCGCAGAUCGUAUCCUCGGUAGACGACCCCUCGUGCCCCAACGUAAAACAUCAGCUUCAUCUAUCUUUACCUCGCAACAACGUGGGCAACAGAAGAGAAUAUGCAGCGCUCCCGUACAAAGAAGCCGCCUCUCAGGAAAGCCUGGGCCGCAUCCAGCCCAGUUGCCAAGACUCUAUAUGGUUUCGGGGAGCCCUCGUCGUUGAAGGUCUUGGGACUUGGACCGUUUCACCUCCGCUCAGACGCACUUCUCCACCACAUCCCGCGUAACCACCACCACCACCAUCACCAUACCAUCGAUGGAAACCACAUGGCCCCCCUGGAUCAACCCGCGGCUCUUCAAUCCUUCUCCUCGAAUCCCAACCCGGAAACCACCCCUCAAGGUCCGUGUGUCUGUUAGUCCCAGGUGUUUAGGCCGCCCAAGAACCUAUCAUC